CACUGAGGCACACCAACUGGGCCGGAGAGCGGAUCGACGGAGAGGGAGGAGCGAGGCAGACGGCUUGGCCGCCGGCGAGGGUUAGGGGAUAGGAGACGAUGUUUCGCCUCCGGCCGAGCACCCACCCGCUCCCACCGGCUGUACCGCCCUGCCCGGCCAAGCCCCCACCUCGUUCGCCGCGGCCGCCGCGAAGUAGAACCUCCGGCCCGGCGCCCGGCGGCGAUGACGAGAUGGCAGGGUUUGACGCCAUCAUCACCGAGACAAAUGAUGUGGCUCCGUUUGCUGAAGAAAGAGCUUUGUAUUAUGGCUGUUGCUUGCCUCAAGCUGCUGUAGGGGACUGGAACCAUGCCGCUGCCAAGCAGCCGGAGUUCGUCUCACUGACGUUACCCUUGACCUUGUGUGAAGUAGAUUGGUGCUUGGCUGCUGGAAUGAUCAAAAAGAGACAGCGAAAUAGACCAAAGAGUUCAUGUAUCAGGUGGGCAGUCGUCUUCUGCCCCCCGGUGACGUUUCAAAAAAAAAAGAGUUCAUGUACAGAGUGGUGGACAAGAAUAUAGCUCUUCCUUUGGAUUAAUGCCUGCUCUGUCAAAGCAUUCCUUUUAAUCUCUGCGAGCAUAUAUAUAGCUUAGUUUGCUGCUAGUGGGUUAGCUAUUGUACUGCUCAGGCAUAUCUGAAUAUAUCCUUUAUUAUUAUUACUUAAAGGUGGGUGUUUCACAAACUGUAUGUGCAUGUGCUUAACUUCUAAACAUGCUGCCAUCCAUGUCAUUUCCAAACCUUCAGAAUUACUAAAUUUUCUCCUAGAGAAUACCUUGUUAAAAAUAAAACAAAACAAAAGGAGAGACACAAUAUGGACUCUGAAGCAAGCAGGCAGAACCUUGGUAUGUCCAACGGUUUUAUGGCUCUGCUCCGGGCAGAACUCUGCUUGGUUGCACAUGGGUAGGUAGGCUGUUGAAGGCUUGAAGGCAUUGCUUCAGUUGGCUGCCUCCCCUCUUGAGAAUUGAGAUGGCUUCAACAGGGCUAGCUUGCAUUCUCUGCUCUCACCAAGCCAUGACUUGCUU